CGAAGGACGAGGAUCUCGACCAUUCCCCCAGCGCUCCCACCAUGGCCUUAAAAGAGGUUCCGUCGACAUUUAGUCGCUUAGUCUUACGAGGCGCUCGCCCUUCUGUCCAAAUACUCUCGCACAAUGGCAGGCGUGCGGCCUCCAACGCCGCAACACCGGCUCAGGAGCAAUCCGAGGAUUUCCAGGACCUCGAGUCUCAAUCGUCGUUCUUGACCGGCAAGCCGAGCCCGAGAGAGGUCAAAUCGUAUGAUCCGAUCAAGAGAGCGGAGUCGCGCAGGACACAACUCCCUCGCAGUCGAUAUCAAUACAGGCCUCCACGAUACUUCCGUGGACCUCUGCAUCCACAUCAACCGCCUCCAACCUCCGACCCAGCAUCUCGUCUCUUCGUCCCAGGUCCAUUCUCCACGCCCCGAUUGGUCGAGACGUACCAGUCCACCGUCGCCGCAGACAUCAUGACCCUCGCAUACUCCCACACACCUCCUGGAACUGUUAAGGAGCCGAGGGCAGAUCGUCUGAGAUCCUGGGACGACUCGUCUCCAUACAUGAAGAACAGACCGAAGCGUGGGCCCCGCGGUAGCGAUAACCUGAGGCUGCUCGAGAAGGAAAUCAACUGGAGGACUAUCCCGAAGAUCAAGGAGGUGACUGUUCACUGCAUGGUGAAGGAGGCAGCCGGGAGCUCGGGUCAUCUGCAUGUUGCCGGUAUGAUGCUGCAGGCUAUCACCGGGGUGAGGCCCGAGGUCCACAGAGUAAAGCAGACCGUCCAGAAUUUCGGUAUUAGGGCGGAUAUGCCGAUUUCUCUGACGUCCACCAUAAAAGGAGAUGCUGCAUGGGAGUUCGUCGAUAAGUGUGUCAACCUGGUCUUGCCUAAGAUCAAAGAUUGGCCGGGUGUCAACGGAUCUUCCGGAGACAACAGCGGCAACAUCGCAUGGGGUAUCGACAAGAACUCGGCGAACCUGUUCCCAGAGGUCGAGGUCAACUACGAUAUGUACCCGCCAGCUUAUAUUCCCGGAUUCCACGUUAUUUGCAAGACGACCGCGACUUCCGACCGUCACGCUAGACUUCUCCUUAAGGCUCUUGGUGUACCAUUCCAUGGUAAAUAUGUGAACUAGGGUGGUUGAACAGAUUUGUAUGAAUAGCAUUGGGAGCGUUGAUGUAGGCUAUAUGUAUCUAUAUAUCUAUUAGAAAGGCCGAAUAGACAGAGCCAUUCACUGAAUAUACCUGAGGAUCCAAUAUUUGUUUAUUCAUAGUUAUCAUUAUAAUUUAUUUACAAG